CACUCACGCUUUUCACCCCCCCAAACAUCAACUACUGAACAAACCCGUCACCUGCGCCUACCGCCACCACGACGACGACAAUUAACCCCACCGCUUACGCACAACCGUCUGCCACGACGGCGCACAUACUGAUCGCCAUGUCUCAAGCCGAGCUACCCUCGGCGAAUGGCGGACCAGGUGCAAUGGGAGGUGCCGGUGGCAGCGGCUACAGCGAAGACAAAGCUCACCAAAAAUCCUACAAGAGAAAGUAUAGAAAACUUCGUCAUAAGUUUAAAGAAGUCAUGAGGCGCUCAGAUGAGCUGUUCCGGCAGGAGCAGCUGGCGAAACAGGCGAUUCGCAGGAUGCAGGAGGAAAACACUCGCGUCCUGGAUUUCCUCGUGGAUCUGAACGAGUGCUCGCAUAUUCCCAAGGAACGACGUCAUAACAUUGGGUCCCCGUCGCGUGCAACUCCGCCUCGUUUCCUCUCACCGGAGGUGUAUGUGGCUCGGUACGGCAAAUAUCCGGAGCCGGAAGAGAACGAUGAUGUGGAGAAGAUGGACCUCGACGCCGUAGCGACGGCGGCGGCGGAGGCGGAGGCGGCGGCUGUGGCUGCUACUAUGGCUGCUGCUGCUGCGGCGGCGACGGCGGAGGAGGAAGCGGCUCGCGAGGCUUUGAAGGAAUCACAGAGUAGGAAUGACAAUGAGAGCUCGGACGACGACGAUGACGACGACGACGAUGACGAGAAGACGCCGGCGACUGGCCGCGGCUCCAAGUACAAUAGUGACGAUGACGAUGGGGAUACCAGCGAGGCCUACCGCGAAGAGAUACGGGAGUGGAACUACACACGCGGCAUUGCAGGCACCCCACCUAAGUCGGUGCGCGAAAAGAUGAAAGCGGAUGCGGAGAACGUGCGGAAGGAGGCCGAACAGCAUGCGAAGGAGGCCGCUGAAGCAGCCGAGGCAGCCGAGGCAGCCAAAGUAGCUGAAGCAGCCGAAGCAGCUCAAGCAGCUCAAGCAGCCGCAGUAGCCGCAGCGGCCGCAGCAGCCGCAGCAGCAGAGGCUGAGCAGGAGGAGAAGAAGAAGAAGAGCAAUGGUAUCAAUAAAGCCUCGACGGUUCAGAUCAAGCAGGAGAUAGAAGAUGAGGAUGAGGAUGAGGCAGAGCUUAACAGCGGUCCCGCCGACGACGCGCCCCAGCCACCCACCAUCGUUGAGGAAUACCGCCGUGGGCAAACCCCCGAGUAUCUCCGCAGCGGCAGUCCAUUCUUGAUGACACUCAAGGAGGAGGAAGAGUGGUACGCAGAGAUUGAGGAGAAAUACGAUGGUGGAAUUCCGCCGCUCGAGCGCCCGGGCGACCCAUCCGCAGCCAAGGCAGAGGGUGAUUCUCGGAAUCCUAUGAGCGUGUAUUGCUGGUUGAGGAAGAACCAACCACAGGUAUUCCUGCAAAACGAAGAAGUGGAAGGUAAAAAGUCGGGACGUGGUCGGGGUGGCCGCAGAAAGGCUAUCGGGGUAGCGGAUUCGGGAGAUGAGGGGAUGGGCGUGGCGACCGGCAAGACGGUGAAGCCUGGGGAGAGCAGCAAGACUGGGCCAUCCAAGCGGAGGAAGACGAACGGGAACGAUGCUACAGGGGGACCACCAGCUCCUGGAGGUACGGGGGGCAAGGGUAGAGGGGGCUCACGGGGUGGACGAAAAGGCGACCCUCCACUCAAGAGGCAGAGGAGUCAUCUUGAGUGAUAUGGUAUGGUGAAGAGGGGUGGCACUUUUGCAGACAUGGCGUUCAUGUUGCGUUGGUUACUUUUCUACCAUUCCGGCAAGUCCUGUUCUAGUUCUCAAUGACAUCCAU